AUGGCGGCAUGCCUUUCUCUCACAACAACUCCAGCCAAUGGGCCAAGAAUCACCCCAACGUGGAGAACCCAAUCGCAAUCAACAAUCACCCGGCCGAUCCUGAAUCUCCUUCUCCCCAAUAGCAAGAAAUCGAAUCUCAAAUUCACCUCCUCCAUCUCCAAUCCCAACCCAUUCCGCCUCUCCGCCGCCAAAUUCCCCCAAUCCAACAAACCCUCCUCCACGACGACGACCAGAUCGCUCUUCACCGGAAUCGUGGAAGAAAUGGGGGAAAUCAAGCGGCUGGGCACCACGGAAAACGGCGCCGGAUUCGAGCUCGAGAUCCGAGCCAAGACCGUCAUCCAGGGUGUCCAUCUCGGCGACAGCAUCGCCGUCAACGGGACCUGCCUGACGGUGACGGAAUUCACCGACGAAUGUUUCACCGCCGGGCUGGCCCCGGAGACGCUGAGGAAGACGUCGCUGAUGGAGCUGGGACCCGGGUCAAGGGUCAACCUGGAGCGGGCGGUACAGCCCGCGGGCCGGAUGGGCGGGCAUUUCGUGCAGGGACACGUGGACGGAACAGGGGAGAUCGUGAGCAGAGUCAAGGAAGGGGACUCGCUGUGGGUGAAGGUGAGAGUGGAGGAUGAGGAGCUGUUGAGAUACAUUGUUCCCAAAGGGUUCAUCGCCGUCGACGGGACGAGCUUGACCGUGGUGGAUGUGAUGGAGGAGGAAGGGUGCUUCAACUUCAUGAUGGUGGCUUAUACCCAGCAGGAAGUUGUGGUUCCGAUGAAGAGCGUAGGGGAGAAGGUGAAUUUGGAGGUCGACAUUUUGGGCAAGUACGUGGAGCGGCUGCUUGGGAGUGGGUUUGUGGAAUCCAUGGUGAAAUCUUCGUGA